GUACGCACUACACACUACACACACGCACUAGCUCUGUUCCACAGGUACAGAAGAUGGACGUGAAGGAUCAAGGCGCACAAAUGGAGCCUCUGCUGCCCGUGGCGGUCACCUCUCCUAGAAGACAAAGUGUGAGGAAUGAUGAGGAGGCUGUUGUGGACAGAGGAGGCACUCGCUCCAUGCUUAAAGCCGGAUUGGAGAAGGAGGAGCUAGAAGGUCACAGGACUCUGUAUAUCGGUGUUCAUGUUCCUCUGGGCAGAAGAACCCACCGACGGCAUCGGCAUCACGGACACCGGCACAGGAAGAGGAGCAAGGAGAGAGACUCAGGGGUCGAAGACGGACGAGAAUCACCUUCAUACAAUACUCCCUCUCAGAGGGUUCAGUUCCUGCUGGGCACUGAGGAUGAUGAUGAAGAGCACAUACCACAUGACCUCUUCACUGAGCUGGAUGAGAUCUGCCUCCGGGAUGGAGAGGAUGCUGAGUGGAGAGAAACCGCCAGGUGGCUGAAGUUUGAAGAGGACGUGGAGGACGGUGGUGAGCGCUGGAGUAAACCGUACGUGGCCACGCUCUCUCUGCACAGUCUCUUCGAGCUGCGCAGCUGCAUCAUCAACGGCACCGUCAUGCUGGACAUGAGGGCCAGCUCUCUGGAGGAGGUCGCAGAUAUGGUUCUGGACCAACAGGAAGUGGCUGGACAUCUUGAAGAUGAUGUCAGGAGGAAGGUCAAAGAGGCUCUUUUGAAGCAGCAUCACCAUCAGAACCAGAAGAAACUGGCCAAUCGGAUUCCCAUCGUCCGCUCCUUCGCUGAUAUCGGCAAGAGACAGUCUGAGUCCAACUGCACCGACAAAAACGGCGCUUCAUCUCAUCUCUUUAAGUCUUCUCUGUGGCGAUCAGUUGUUUCAGAUGGGAAUGAUGGGCAGGUCUCAUCUUGUUCUCCAUGUUGGCCUCUGUGCUGCUCGUCCAGUGUGUCCAUCACUUCACCUCUCCCUCCUCCAUCCUCCUCAUCCACACACCCAAACAAGAACCCCACCGCCACCUUCAGCCCGGACCGAGAGGACGGCUUGGAUCCAGGUCAGAUGAUGUCACCACAGUCUCUACCCAUAAGCACAGAGGGCAAGAAUGAUGUGAGCCGUGAAAACAGUGCUGUGGACUUCAGCAAGAUAGACCUGCACUUCAUGAAGAAGAUCCCUGCAGGUGCGGAGGCCUCGAAUGUCUUGGUUGGAGAGCUGGAGUUUCUGGACAGGCCUGUGGUGGCGUUUGUCCGCCUCUCUCCUGCCGUUCUGCUCAACGGCCUGGCAGAAGUGCCCAUUACCACCAGAUUCCUGUUCAUCCUGCUGGGGCCUCUGGGUAAAGGGCCACAAUAUCACGAGAUUGGCAGAUCAAUUGCGACCUUGAUGACAGAUGAGGUUUUCCAUGAUGUGGCCUAUAAAGCUAAAGACCGCAAUGAUCUGAUUGCUGGAAUUGACGAAUUUCUUGACCAAGUUACAGUUCUGCCACCAGGAGAAUGGGACCCUUCCAUCAGGAUAGAGCCGCCAAAAAACGUCCCGUCCCAGGAGAAGAGAAAGAUCCCUGCAGUGCCUAAUGGAGAGCUGGCAGAGACAGAGGAACACGGUGGACAUGGAGGCCCUGAGCUGCAGCGCACCGGGAGGUUUUUUGGUGGAUUAGUUCUGGAUGUGAAGAGGAAGGCUCCUCACUUUCUGUCAGAUUUCACCGAUGCGCUCAGCCUGCAGUGUUUGGCCUCGUUCCUGUUCCUGUACUGUGCCUGCAUGUCCCCGGUCAUCACCUUCGGAGGACUGCUGGGAGAAGCCACUGAGGGACGCAUAAGUGCCAUUGAGUCGCUGUUUGGAGCCUCGAUGACUGGAAUCGCGUACUCGCUGUUCGCGGGACAGCCUCUCACUAUACUGGGCAGCACUGGACCCGUUCUGGUGUUUGAGAAAAUAUUGUUCAAAUUCUGCAAGGAAUACGGGCUGUCGUACCUGUCCCUCAGGACGUGUAUCGGGCUGUGGACGGCGUUCCUCUGUCUGCUACUGGUGGCCACUGAUGCCAGUUCACUCGUCUGUUACAUCACGCGCUUCACCGAGGAGGCCUUCGCCUCGCUCAUCUGCAUCAUCUUCAUCUAUGAGGCCUUGGAGAAGCUCAUUCAUCUCGGGGAGACGUAUCCCAUUAAUAUGAACAACAAUCUGCAGAAACUCACCACUUACAGAUGCUCCUGUAUCGAGCCUGCAAACCCCAGCAAUGCCACGCUUCUGUACUGGGAGCAGAACAACAUCUCGGCUCCGGAGAUCUUCUGGGAGGCUCUGGAGGUUCAGGAUUGCAUUGAGAAGAAAGGAGAGUUUGUCGGGUCAGCUUGCGGGCCUCAUGGUCCGUACGUUCCUGAUGUUCUCUUCUGGUCUGUAGUUCUCUUCUUCUCUACAGUGGCCAUGUCGGCGUUCCUCAAAGAGUUCAAGACCAGCCGCUACUUCCCCACUAAGGUCAGAUCCAUCAUCAGUGACUUCGCUGUGUUCAUCACUAUUGCUACAAUGGUUCUGGUGGAUUACGCUCUAGGGGUGCCUUCAACCAAACUACAGGUCCCUAAUAAGUUUAAGCCAACUCGUGACGACCGUGGGUGGUUCAUUAACCCGCUGGGACCGAACCCGUGGUGGACGUGUGUGAUCACCAUCCUCCCCGCUCUCCUCUGCACAAUCCUCAUCUUCAUGGACCAGCAGAUCACAGCUGUGAUCAUCAACAGGAAGGAGCACAAGCUCAAGAAAGGCUGUGGCUAUCACCUGGACCUGUUCAUGGUGGGUGUGAUGCUGGGCGUUUGCUCUCUGAUGGGUCUGCCGUGGUUCGUGGCGGCGACGGUUCUGUCCAUCACUCAUGUGAACAGCCUGAAGCUGGAGUCCGAGUGUUCGGCUCCCGGAGAGCAGCCCAAGUUCCUCGGGAUCAGAGAGCAGCGUGUCACCGGCCUCAUGAUCUUCCUCCUCAUGGGCUGCUCUGUGUUCAUGACCUCAGUGCUGAAGUUCAUUCCAAUGCCGGUGCUGUAUGGAGUUUUCCUUUACAUGGGUGCAUCUUCACUGAGAGGAAUACAGGUAAAGACACUGUAG